AUGACUCUGUGGUUUCAUGUUGUGAAGGCUCAGCAGCCCGGACCAGCAGCAGCCGAGCCUGAGGCCUCUGGUCCGGUGGUUCGAGACCGACGUGGUGCCCUGACCAUCACGGUGCGCGCCAAGCCCGGCUCCAAACACAGCGCCAUCACAGACGUCUCCGCAGAGGCGGUGGGAGUUUCCAUCGCUGCACCCCCGACUGACGGAGAAGCCAACACUGAGCUUAUUCACUUCCUGGCUCAAGUUCUGGGCCUGAAGAAAAGUCACAUCUCUCUCGACAAGGGCUGCAGGUCCAGGGACAAGCUGGUCAGAGUGGACUCGUCCCUCAGUGUGGAGGAGGUGUUGAGGAGACUCAGAGAGGCCACAGGCUGAGGGGAGGCUCAGAGGAGGGUUUCACAGCUGGACCAGUGGGACACUUGAGGACUCUGAGCAUCACCAUGGAAACAGACCGGUGCAGACGGUGUUGCUGGGACGAAAAGGACGUCUGUCGCCAUGACGACUGGAUGUGAUGUGUGUGAACGUCUGAAGUGAAUCAUUAAAGUGUCACGUGAUUAAAUCAGC